GAGCUGGGAGGCGGCUCUGGUGCGGACCUUGGAGAGCCCAGUUGCCCGCCCUUCGAGCCAGUCUCAUCCUCGCAGCCCGCCAAGGCUCAGAGCCAUCCAGCGACCCGGCGAGCGGCCUCAGGCCCCGCCAUGGGGAAGACCAACAGCAAGCUGGCCCCCGAGGUGCUGGAGGACCUGGUUCAGAACACGGAGUUCAGCGAGCAGGAGCUGAAGCAGUGGUACAAGGGCUUCCUCAAGGACUGCCCCAGCGGCAUCCUCAACCUGGAGGAGUUCCAGCAACUCUACAUCAAGUUCUUCCCGUACGGCGAUGCCUCCAAGUUCGCACAGCACGCUUUCCGCACCUUCGACAAGAAUGGCGACGGCACCAUAGACUUUCGGGAGUUCAUCUGCGCUCUUUCCGUCACCUCCCGCGGCAGCUUCGAGCAGAAGCUCAACUGGGCCUUUGAGAUGUACGAUCUGGAUGGCGAUGGUCGCAUCACGCGCCUGGAGAUGCUGGAGAUCAUUGAGGCUAUUUACAAGAUGGUGGGCACAGUGAUCAUGAUGCGAAUGAACCAGGAUGGGCUUACGCCCCAGCAGCGUGUAGACAAGAUCUUCAAGAAGAUGGACCAGGAUAAAGAUGACCAGAUUACGCUGGAGGAGUUCAAGGAGGCAGCCAAGAGUGACCCAUCCAUUGUGUUGCUGUUGCAGUGUGACAUGCAGAAGUAGAAGCUGGUGAGGGGCAGGGCCCCUGGCCAGGAGGGACAUGGCCAUCUCCCAACCUGAUGACCUCUCUGGAUGGCCCUUUCCCAGGGGAAGGGGCAUUCCAACCUCACUUUCUAGCCCACCUCCUCCUCUGUCCAAGCCUUCCUCCCCUCAGUCAAGUUCCAUGAGGGACGACCUCACCCCACAAAAGAGACAAGUUCUCAGGUAGUCUGUCAUCUAACCCCACCCCCAGCCUUGGCCCAGAGCUAACAUCCAUUGGGCGUCGGGGAGUUGGUUUUUGCCCCAAGAGUCAGGGUUAAGGAGAGGGACUGGGGUCCUGGUUUGAAAUCUUCUUGUUUUGGGGAUUUAUGCUUUAUAGAAUGUGGUUCCAUAGGCUCUGAAGAGCCAUAUUGGAUCUGUCCUUUUCUAAGGACCUGGAUUUCUUAAAGGUGUUCUCUGCCCUGCCCUCUCAACUCUCCCCAGCCCCUCUGGCCCCAGCUUUUGGAGCGUUCAUUCAGUCCUUUCUUCAGCUAAUGUUUAUUGAGCAC